AUGGCGCAGAGAGCAUUGAUCACUGGAGCUAGUGGUCUGCUUGGCCGUCAAGUGCAGCGAGAGUUUCUUCUAGACGGUUGGAGGUCAAUCGGAACCGGUGUAAGUCGCAUCACUUCUCCGGAUGUGGUGAAGCUGGAUGUUUUGAAUCAGGAUGAGAUUGUGAGGGUGCUCGAUGAAAUCAAACCGGAAGUCGUCGUACACUGUGCUGCAAACCGCUUCCCAGACUCAUGUACCAAAGACCCAGAAGCAGCGAGAAGACUGAACGUAGACGCGAGUCGAGCCCUGGCUGAGGCUACCAUCUCUCGGGGAAUCCUUCUUAUCUAUAUUUCGACAGACUACGUUUUUGCUGGAAGACCUGGAGAAGCUCCUUACAAGACGAAUUCGUCGCCGAGCCCACCAAAUGCGUAUGGUCAAACUAAGCUGGAAGGCGAACAGGCUGUCCUUGAGGUUGCCCGCACUACGGGUACGAAGAACAAAGUCGUCGUUCUUCGAGUCCCAGUUCUCUACGGAUCUUGCGAUGAGCCAAAAGACAGUGCAGUUAAUGUGCUGAUGUCGCAAUUGUGGAACGCUCAACAGAUAGAACAAGGCCAGCCCAAAAUCGGGGUAGACGACUAUGCGCUUCGAUAUCCUACAAACACACAGGAUGUUGGCCGAGUGUGUCGUGAUAUAGCAAAGCUGUAUCUCGAUCCAGCAACCGCGGACCGUGAACUACCAAGUGUUCUCCAAUUCAGCUCUGAGGACCGGAUGACCAAAUGGCAAAUCUGCCAGACGUUUGCCGACAUCAUGGGGUUGCCACUUGACAAUAUGGAACCCUUCAAACCUGACGAAGAACCAAAAGACGGCACCAUCAGGCCUUACGAUUGCCAUCUGGAUACUAGCGCACUCCGAGAUCUGGGUAUUGAUGUAUCAACUGUUGACUUCCGCACAUGGUGGUGA